AUGCAAGCAACACACGAGCCUAGACGCUACACACAUGGGCUUCCCAACAGCGCCAAUGAUCUUGUGCAGAGUCUACACACAUGUCUUCGUGUCGAACGCUUCGAAAGAGCUCGCCUCGUCAUCGAAAAGAUUCGAUUACGUUGCCCGAAAGACUCGUUCGAGGUCCAACACGCCCACCACGCAUACUUCGAGGCCAGUCUCACACAGCUCCUGGGCCACACAACAUUCAACCAAAGAGCAGUAUCUUACGAAGCUUUGCGAGACUGGUUCGAGAACGAUCUCGUGCAACACGAGUAUCCCAUAGACUCGCAAAUGCUGGUCACCAUGAUGCGUGCCGCGCUAAAUUCGUUGAAGGGUCCCAAGCAGGAACGCGCGCUUCGGCGAUAUGUGGCAAUCGCAGAGGCUUCUGGAUCUGGCAUGCUCGACGAGGUUUAUAACGCCGACGACUUUACCGAUGAUGAGUUCCUGAACCUUGGGGCUGUCUUACCAAGCUCCAAGUCAAGGCCUAUGGAAAUCGAGCAGCCUGUCGAGACAAUUGAGGCACUCCCGGAUUCAACCGUCCACUCCAUGCCCGAGCUCACCGAUGUGCCUGCCGUACUUGAGGUUACACAGAAGGGAAUGGGCUUGGCCUCACUAAAACAAGCUCUCGAUAGCGAAGCGCUCGAUGAGACGAAAAAGAUCAAUUAUACGCCAGAGCAGCGUGAGCGUUUGCUCGAAGAGAGUGCCAGUAUAGCUGCCAUCUCACGCUGGAAGCUUGAGGAGGAACAUCUACAAAAGCUCGGUAUACACAGCAAGCUUGAGUCCAGGUCGCUCGGUGCUAUGAUGUGGCAAUGGUACUCGGACUUGCUGCCUAAACUACGCGAUGAGAUCGAAACCUGUCGCAAGCUCCUGGACGACCCUCCAAAAUCCUCACAGGUAUACGAUCAGCAGCUUUACGGGCCUUUCCUCGAGGCUGUGCCCAUAGAACAACUCGCGGCGACCACCAUCCUUAGCGUCAUGCAAUCAUUCGCCGGUGGCAAGGACAGGAGCUCAGGCGCUUUCAGCAGCAAUCAGAAGCUCGGUCGUCUUGCUGCUGCCCUUGGAAGGACCAUGCAGGAUGAGGCCAAUGCCGAGGCUGCCCGGCAGCGUGCCAUUGCUGAGCGAAAAGCAAAGCUUGGCCGUGCUCCGAAGAAGCAGUCUAAGUCAUCUCACCCGGCCUUCGAUUCCGAUCUGCAUGUCUGGCCCAGCGACGUCCGAGUCAAGCUCGGCUCCAUGCUUGUUUCGAAGCUCAUGGAAACAGCCACACUUCCUUGCACCAGACCGCACCCUAGAACAAAAGAAAUUGUUUCACAAAUGCAGCCAGCUUUCGUUCACAAGACACUUUACGAAGGAGGAAGGAAACAAGGGUGGCUCUGCCCUAGUGCUGACCUGAUGAAAAAGCUGCACCAUGACCCCGUUGGUGUUCUCAUUGCCAAAAAGCUUCCCAUGGUGAUAGAACCAAAGCCUUGGACCAACUUCAACAAGGGCGGUUAUCUCAACUACCCCACGCCUGUCAUUCGAUUUACCGGAGCAGACGUGGUGCCUCGCGAUUAUGCGUAUGCUGCCAUUCAAAGGGGAGAUCUCGAUAAGGUCUUUGAGGCUCUCAAUGUCCUUGGUAAAGUCCCGUGGAAGGUUAACGAGCAUGUACUGCGUGUGCAGAUCGAAGCAUGGAACAGUGGUGAACCCAUUGCCAAUUUUGCCGCUCUGAACCCAAAAGUCGAUGCACCUCCUGAGCCUACGGACAAGACUGAUCCUCAAGAGCGUCGUAAGUGGCUGCAGUCUAUCAAAGACUUUGAGAACGUCAAGACUGGCUUGCAUUCGCAAAGAUGUUUCCAGAACUUCCAACUCGAGAUCGCCAGAGCAUUCCGCAAGGAAAAGAUCUACUUCCCCCACAACAUCGACUUUCGUGGCAGAGCAUACCCCAUUCCUCCUUAUCUCAACCACAUGGGUGCUGACAACGCCCGUGCCCUGAUGACAUUUGCCAACGGAAAGGAACUGGGCGAAACUGGUCUGAGAUGGCUCAAGAUUCACCUGUCUAACGUAUAUGGUUUCGACAAGGCCAGUCUUUCGGAAAGAGAAAAGUUUGCCAUGGACCAUAUGGAUGACAUUCGUGAUUCAGUAGCCAACCCUCUGGGUGGCAGGCGAUGGUGGCUUGAGUCCGAGGAUGCAUGGCAGACUUUGGCUGCUUGUCACGAGCUAAAGGCUGCCAUGGAUCUUCCCGAUCCUACCAAGUAUAUCUCGCAUCUUCCUGUGCACCAAGAUGGUACUUGCAACGGUCUCCAGCACUACGCAGCUCUUGGUGGUGAUAGUGCCGGCGCUCGUCAAGUCAACCUGGAGCCUGGAGACAGACCCUCCGAUGUUUACACUGCCGUUGCAGAAGGAGUCAAGGCUGAGGUCGAGAAGGAUUUCGCUGCAGGCCACCCUGUAGCGCAAUUCCUAAGAGGCAAAAUUACUCGUAAGAUUGUCAAGCAACCCGUCAUGACCAACGUCUAUGGUGUCACCUACUACGGUGCCAGAGCGCAGGUCAAGAAGCAGCUGGAGGAAAUCUUCCCUGAUAUCCGUCGAACCGAUGCGUUGGACCACCUCACACUUGCCUCCUACGUUGCCAAGAAGAUUUUCAAGUCUCUCGGUGAGAUGUUCAAGGGUGCUCAAGCUAUUCAGACCUGGUUGGGAGACUGCGCUGACCGCAUCUCCACUUGUGUCACACCCGAGCAAAUUGCGUCUAUGGAGAGGGACAAUGCUGAAGGCAGAGCUGUUAUCCCAGAGAAGCAAGUCAUGAGCAAAAAGUCAAAAGGUACCGGCAUGCAGCGUACCGAGGCGGGCAAGCAUCUGUUCCGCAGCUCUGUCAUUUGGACCACUCCUCUACGUCUUCCGGUGGUUCAGCCCUAUCGCAGCUCGAAGCGUCGUCUGGUCAAGACCAAUCUUCAGAACAUUGCACUCCAAGAGCCAACUGCAAUUGAUCCCGUCAGCAAGCGUAAGCAGUUGCAAGGCUUCCCACCCAACUUCAUUCACUCUCUGGAUGCGACCCAUAUGAUGCUAUCGGCCAUCAAGUGCAACGAGGAAAACAUUGCCUUUGCCAGUAUCCACGAUUCUUUCUGGACCCACGCUUGCGACAUCAACUCCCUGUCCAUUGUCCUUCGUGAUGCCUUUGUUGCCAUGCACACCGAAGAUGUCGUCGGCCGUCUGCGCCAGGAGUUUAUCGCACGCUACAAGGACUGCAUGUACCUCGCCGCCGUCGAUGCGCGCACUCCCGUCGGUAAAAAGAUGGCCGCCUUGCAGAAAGCACGUCCCAAGGCCAGCCGUAAGACAAAGCAAUUGCAGCCAACCUUGAUUCUCCAACUCCUGGAAGAAGUGGAGCGCCUUCGUUUGCUCAACAGCGAGAGCCCAGAGGAAGUCGCUCAAGGCGAGGAGAUGAUGACUUCGGGUAGCAUCUUUGCCGCCGAGGCCGAUGCAGAAGACGCACUCACCGUUCCCACCGAAAUUGUGAAUUCGCGAUUGGGCGAGUUGCCAGAGAACCCUGAUGUUCUUGCUGAUGAGGCUUCAGGCACUGACGACCUGAGCGAGCCUGUGCUUGGUGACCAUGACGAUGUGGAUCUCACUGGAGACGACAAGGUUGCUAAGGCAGCUGAAGAUGCGGAGAUUGAUGACGAGACGGAAGGAACCGUGCCUACGAUUCAAGAGUUGAAGAAGAAGGCUGCUGUGACGAAGAAGGCAGUGGUCAGGAAGGUCCACGUGUGGUUGCCGCUCAAGUUCCCUGAGGUGCCUGAGAAGGGUGACUUUGAUGUGACGAGAUUGAAGGAGAGUCAGUACUUCUUCCACUAG